AUGACUAAAUAUAAUGAGAUAACACUCCUUGAAAAUAUUCGUAAUUAUCUUCCAGUAUAUUAUCAAAAUCAAUCACAUUCAAUAUGGCAUAAAUUACCAGUAUCAAGAAGAUCAGCAGUAUUUGUAUUAUUAUUCUUAGGUAAUCUAGGUGAAUUAAGAGUCAUCCUUACCAAAAGAUCAUCAAAACUACGUAGUUUCCCUGGUCAUAUAUCAUUACCUGGUGGUAAAGCAGAUAGUAGUCAAGAAGAUGAAUGGACAGUAUCACGUCGAGAAAUGCAUGAAGAAAUCGGACUUUCUUCAAAUAAUUCAGAAUUAUUAGCCAAACAUGGUUUUCAAAUUGAUCAUUUAAAUGUGUUACCCAGUUAUUUAUCAAGAACAUUUUCGGCAGUUAGACCAUGUAUUGGAUUUAUGAAUUUUCAACAACAUAAUGAUUUAAUUAAACAUUUAAAUUUGCAACUUAAUCCUGGUGAAAGUUCUUCAAUAUUUUCAUGUCCACUUCGAGACUUCUUAUAUCCUAUAGUUGAUGAAACUCCACUUGAAAGUUUAGAACGUGUAAGUUAUAAAGUUAAAUGGGGUGGAAUCCCUUGGGAUUUACGUUCUUAUACAUUUUUACAAAAUAGUGAACAUGAAGUUGAAUGGUUAAAAGAUAUUAAAGAUUUAUCAUGUUCUGAAGAAGAAUCAGAAUUAGAUUUAAGAUUAGGUGAUGAAUUGGAUUCAAUAGAUAAAGGAAGAGUUACACCACCAAAUAUAAUACCAAAAGUUUCCAAAAAGAAAAAUUUACAAAAAUGGGGUAGAUUAGGAGCAAGAAAAGAUGAAAUGACUCAAGAAAGAAUUUAUGAUGUUUGGGGUUUAACUGCUAAUAUAUUACAUGAUUUAGCUGAAAUUGUAUAUUUAGGUGGAACCGAAAGACAUAUUGGAUCAGAAGAAAUGAUUUAUGGAAUUCAUGAAUUUGGUAAUCAAAUGAAAGAAAGAAAAAGAUCAGAUGAAGAAAUUAAAUUGAUUCAUGCUACUCAUACUGAAGAAACUGGAUUUGGAUUUAAUUCAUUAUUACCUGAUGGAGAAUUUAACCGAUUGAAAACUAUUUACAAAUUUUAA